AAAAGGACAUCGGUCUUUCUUUUAGGUCUAUGAUAUCAGUCAGCCACAGCUGCUUUAUUGUAGACCAGUCGUUGUCUGUAGCAAUAUGUUUCACAGCAUGCUGGGGACAGAGCCGUAGAGAGAGAUGUUUUAUCUACCGCUCUGGCUGGCUGGGGAACCAUGUUCUCAUUGAAAAGUAGCCGAGGCAGGCUAGAUUGUGUUUGGCUGGCUAGACUGUUAGGUUCGGCUAGGUUGUCCGUCUGACAACUCUUCUUCCUGUGUUUUCUUAAGGUGACAAUAAUGGACACAAGCUGAUUAAUAUGACCAAGCCCAUGGAGUCAGAGGGGAAGACAUAUGAUGAGCAAAGUCUCAUCAGGAGUUCCGUCGACCAAAGCCAAGGCUCUGCACAUGCCGCGGGCUCCAAGGAUGCUACUCAUUCGUUCGUCUACGUCUUGGCAUUCUUCUCCGCCCUUGGUGGCUUUCUGUUCGGAUAUGACACUGGAGUGGUGUCUGGGGCCAUGCUCUUGCUCAAGAAGGAGAUGAACUUGAGUGCGCUAUGGCAGGAGUUACUGGUCUCCAGCACGGUGGGCGCUGCGGCGCUAUCUGCUCUGGCUGGCGGGUACUUAAAUGGACAGUAUGGGCGACGAGUUUGUAUCUUGCUGGCAAGCUCUAUUUUCACUGUCGGUGGCCUUACGUUAAGUUUAGCUCCGAACAAAGAGGUUCUACUUCUUGGGAGACUAAUAGUUGGUCUUGGGAUAGGUAUUGCCUCUAUGACAGUGCCUGUUUAUAUUGCCGAGGUUUCUCCGCCCCACGUCAGGGGACAGCUGGUCACCCUCAACACCCUGUUCAUCACUGGUGGCCAAUUUAUUGCCAGUAUUGUUGAUGGAGCUUUCAGCUAUCUGCACCAUGAUGGCUGGAGGUACAUGUUGGGCCUCUCGGUGGUACCAGCUCUGCUCCAGUUCCUCGGCUUCCUCUGGCUCCCUGAGAGUCCACGCUGGCUCCUCCAGAAGGGACUCGUCCAGAAGGCCCGCCAGGAGCUCAGCAAGAUCCGAGGAACCACACACGUGGAUGAAGAAUAUGAUGCCAUUAAGACCAGCAUUGAAGACGAGAGGGAUUCUAGGGGAGAUGGUCCAGUGAUCUGGCGCAUGCUGGCCAGUGCCCCAGCACGACGCGCCCUGCUGGUUGGAUGUGGGCUCCAGAUGUUCCAACAGCUCUCUGGGAUCAACACAGUGAUGUAUUAUAGUGCGACCAUAUUGCAGAUGGCAGGUGUGCGGGAUGACAAAUUGGCCAUUUGGCUAGCAGCGGGCACUGCUGCCACCAACUUCCUCUUUACUCUGGUGGGGGUGUGGCUUGUGGAAAGGGUUGGGCGCCGGAAAUUGACUCUGGCCAGUAUUGUUGGUACAGCUCUGAGUUUGGCUGUGCUGGCUGUUGGGUUUCUGUUAUCCGCUCAGACUUCUCCCCCAGUCAGUUUCCAUCCCGUCGACCCUGUUCUUAACUCCUCCUGCACACAGUAUAGAUUCUGUGAGCCCUGCAUGCUUGAUCCAGAUUGUGGUUUCUGCUACCGUGAGAAUGGCACGUCUUGGUUUGACACAUCAUGUGUCUCUGUCAAUGAAGCCAACACCGAGGAGGCCUCAUCGGGCAGGUGCUCCAAUUCCUCUCAGGAAAGUUCUGGGAUAUUCUGGGCUUAUAAUUAUUGUCCUACUCCCUACUCAUGGGUUGUCCUGCUGGGACUUAUUCUUUACUUGGUCUUCUUUGCUCCUGGUAUGGGACCCAUGCCCUGGACUAUCAACUCUGAGAUCUAUCCUCUGUGGGCAAGGAGCACAGGAAAUGCUUGUUCAGCUGGUGUCAACUGGAUCUGCAACGUCUUGGUGUCUCUGACAUUCCUGCAUGUGGCAGAGUACCUCACUUACUACGGUGCCUUCUUCCUGUACUCGGGCCUGGCUCUGCUGGGCUUCCUCUUCAUCUUCAGCUGCGUGCCCGAGACCAAAGGCCAGCGGCUGGAGGACAUGGAGGCCCUGUUUGCAGAUCAGCUGUGCACCUGUGGGAACUCUGGCCCCUCCCUCAGACAAUACAUCAGGCCCCAAAUGGAGUUAGCCCAAAUGCACUAUGGAUCGCUGGAGCGAAAUACUGCCGUUUCUUACAUAACAUUGUCGAACUUGUCGUAGUGCUACAACAGUCUCCCUUCAUGGAAUGCAUUACUGGGAACAAUACAGUGAAAGUGGCUUUCUUGAAGACAUGGCUAAAUCAACCUCAAUUAAACCGAAGGCCUCUGUUUCACUUUGUUUUCUUUCCGUGGAUUUCAAAAAUCAACAAACCAAUCAUAUUUUGCCUUUUGCAGAAGUAGGAGUAGGCCUACUCUCUGGAAUUGAAUUGACGUAUUAUUUUCUGGAUGGCAUUUUGUUAUUUUGGAAGCAGUACUUUUAAUAUAUGUACAGCCGCAGGAACCAAAUUGUAUUGUGCAAUGCAGCAUGUUGCUAGUUUCUGUCAUUUCAUACAUGGAAAGACAAUGUGCCAUUUAUCAAAGGGAAGGCUUUAUUAUUUAUUUGUCUAAAUGAAGGAUUGCAUAAUGAACAUGUCUGUAUAGGAUUUAUGAAUAAUUAUUUCUGUCUAUUAAAUUUUGAUAUUGA